AUGUAUCACCUAGCCGCCCCUACAAUACGGCCCCCGGUCCGCAGUUCUCGUCGGCAACAUUCCGUUCUCCAAUUGAAGAUCACAGAGCUCGUUGACAAGGUUUCUUAUUUAUCUUUUUAGUAAUAUUUGUCGGGAAUUUUCAAAGCGCCCAAAAUAAUCCGGAUAAUUCAAUGUGAUCCAGUAACAAGCUUGUUGGUAUGAGGACACGCUCAAAAUAAUCCAUGCCAUGAAAAUUGACCAAUUACUGGUUUCGAUUUGUCAUUGCCUACAAAGAAAUUAUGUGAGAUAAAUAUUGCAAAUCUGGCCUUAAAUUCUGUGGUGGGUAGCCCUAAGCAAUAGUACUUAAUAAAAACAUUUUCUAACAACCAUGAAGUACUGAGAAAUAGCUCGUCGAAAAUGUACAGGAAAAAGCUCAGAAACUGAUUUUUUUGUAUUUAUCGAGUAAACUUUUUUUCUUCUCUUUCAUUGAAUAUAAUCAUAGGAUUAUAUAUAGCAGCUCUUCUAAAAGCAGAUAAUCUUGAGGAAAUCAAAAACUGAGCUUUUGUUGUACAUUUUUAACGGGAUAUUUCUCAGUACAUCAUGGCGCUUAGCAGAUAAUUUUGUUUCCGAGUACUCAUAACUAAGAUUCUCUACCACAGAAGUUUGGAACAGAUUGUUUUCUUAAGACAUUUCCUUUAUCAGAAAAAAAAUUACACAGUCCAGCUUCUACCCGACAAAGUGUAUUUUGGCAAUAUUUUCUUGUAAGAGAUGACUUUUUUUUAAAGUUCUCAUUGUGUUGUGAAAAUUUUACCUAAAGUUACGUACUCAUUGGAAAUGGAAAAAACAAAAUCGCUACGUAUAAAGAUAAUGAAUGUCAGAAUUCUAUUUUUUCUUUCCAACUCCAAUCAAAAACUGCAAAUUUUGAAAAGUUGAGUAAUAUGCAAUGAAGAACCUGAGCGAAGAAAUACUACCUGGAAGUUUGAAAUAGUAGAAAACUCAUUUUCUUACUGUAGUUUCACAUACCCAAGGUUUUUCAGGUUCUCAAAGAAACAGAAGUUGUCGACACCGACAAUGCUGUGGGCAAGAAACUCUUCAAUGCCAUGGACGCCUUUUUUUCUCACGGGUGCGUGAAGUUCAUUUUUUUUUUUGAAGUAUGUGAAAAAGUUAUUAUUACCUUUUUUGAGAAAAUGUUGAGAUUUAUUAGAGUUCUAAAUAUAACGGAACAUUUUCCAGUCUCCUUUCCGGAGACAACGCCUACUGGCGCUGUAUCCGACAGUUCAUGCCUCGAGCCGAAGUUGCCAUGCUGAUUGCCGAGAGUGGCGACGCAAAUGAUAGAUAUCUCUCGAUCAGUUGGCUCAAAUCCGCCUUCAACAAAGGGACGCUCCAUUUCCAAAUGAUCUCCUUCUGCAACAGCGCCAAUUUGUAGUUUCAGUCUGAUACUUUGAGAGGAAAAUGUUCCAUUCAGAAUAUUUUUCGACAAUUUUUAUCAUAACGACGCUUGCGUCAAGAACAGAGGGCUCCUCGAAGCCGUCACAAACCUCAUCGAGCCGCUCCAAACCGUUCAGUUCGCCUUUUACGUUAGUUUUUGUGAAGAAAAAAAAAGCUUUACCAGGAAUUUUUGAACAUCUGAAAUUUUCAGAGCACUCGAGCCAUGCGUGAAGAGCCGAUGACCGCUGUCAUUGUGGAAACGACUGUCGUUGAAAGGUCGUCACGAUCGGUCGCGAUGCACCGAAAAGUGGUUGGUAUUCCUUCUUUGAGAAAUAAGUGGCAGAUGUUUCGCAGGCGCUCUGAAAUUAAACAGUACAUCUAUGGCUUCUCAAAAAACUUCUUUUAGUAUUUUCAAAAAUCUUUUCCAUUUUAUAGUUAUUCAUCAAGAAAAAGGUUUUUAAAUAUUUGAGAGGACUGUUUUUUUUUUUCAUUUCAGAGUUCAUAAUACUUUAACACCUCUAUGAUAAAUAAAAAAAUACAAUCAUGUAGCAAACUCAAAACUAACAGAGUUUUAACACCUCUUCAAGCAUUUCUAAAAGGCUAAUAUUAUCGUCAAUUUAUUUCUAACGCUACCGUGAGAGUUUUAGGAUCACCCAAUACAAAUAAGAAUAGCUGAAAAUCAAAAUAGCUUCAAAUAUGCUGACAUUAUUCACGCUUUUUAUUGCUGCAGGAAGCCGAACCCAGCGACACUGCUCCCAAUCGUUCUCCAAGCGAAAUUCCCGAUCUUCUAAACAAACUGACAACACAGGUUAUUUUUGUAACGUUAGAUUUUUAUCUGGCAUUUUUCGCAAACUUUCGCGGUUUUUGCCUCUUCUCUCUCCUGUUUCACAGAAUCUAUUUUUGUCCUAUUUUCUUCAGCAAAUACUAGUUUUUGUUGAAUCAUGAAUUCUGCAAAGGUAGCAGUUUAGUGAAUUUUUUUUCGGUUGAAUUCUGAUUCUUUCCUCGCUUCAUUGUGAAGCUUUUCUUCAUUUAAUGGAUUACAGAUGCAAUCAGCGCUGUUGGAUGAACUUGUUCGUUCGCGGCGCAUUCGACUCAAUUCUGAGCUUCUGCAGGCUCAGAAGCAGUUUGACGAUCUUUACUCGCAGUCUUCAGAAGAACAGACGUCUUCUGUCCCUGAAACGCAAGAAAAACUCGAGGAUGUGAGUUUCGCAACGUUUUUUUUUUAGAAUAGCCGGUCACACGUGUGACUCAUUCGCAGCUGCUCUUUAAUCUCUAAAAAAAUGUUCUUCUGUUUUUUUUGAUAUUCUAGAAAAAAAUUCGCUUUUAGAAUAUGGCUGCGUAUUUUCAGUAUAUUUAAGACUUUUUUUCAAACAUUUUUUUCAAAAAAAUGUCUACUUACGUUGCAUGUUCUUCAGUUUUUCCCGGCAUGUCAUUUGCAAAGUGCACAAUAUAAGGAGCAAUUUUUCAUUUACUUUUUUACAGGUUUUGGUUAAAACCAUGUCCCACGUCAAUAUGGAGGCUCUGCAAGGGCGCAGCUUGGAUAAAGUUCUUACGGAAGAACCAGUCGACCUUGAGCAGGAUUACGCCUGUCAGUUGACAGAAACGGAAAUCUCGUGGGAGCUUCAAAAAAAAAAUAUAAAGGAAGCAAGAUUAUUCAGACUCAAACAAGGCGACAUCCUCCAGCUCGCGAUUUCCAUUUUCGAAAUUCAAUCCGAACGGGUCAUUCAGGCGUUUGUCGUCGUGAACAAGUUUUUCUCGGUGCCGCUUGAUAUUCAGUAGGAUCGGGAAAGGUGUGAAGAUGAAAUCUUUGCUCUAGGUACAUGGUCAUCACCAAUUUCAACAUCUACUUGCUUUCGCGUGUUCAAAAAACCGAUUCUGCGGAGACGGAGCCACAUUUGCAGAGCUAUUUCGUGCGUGACGCGCAGAUUCCUCACGACGCUUUGCAGGGCAUCAAGGUUCUACAGAAAUCUUCUUCCUGAAAUGGUCAUAGUAUUCAGCUUGCUUUUGACAACCUCUCCAUCUACUUCUACGCCAAUGAAGAUAGACACUUCAGCAUUUUCCCAGACAGAGAAAACAACGAGCUUGUAAACCAGGAACAGUCCUACUCGUUUCACAUUGGAUCUCUUGUGGCCGGAGAGAGCAUUUCUCAUGCUAUUGUCGAAGUUUUUUCGGCUCAUUAUCUUUUCUUCAAGAGUUUUUCAGGCUGUUUCUCACUCUUCGUUCGAGCAAAAGCUGGACAUCAAAAGAGAUUUCCAUGUUGAGUAUCUUUACAUGUUCCUGCCUUCGCUCACCAGAGAAGUCGGUCAAAACGUUAGCUUGGAAUUUAAAAGUUGAAGCACUAAACUUUCUGUUUGAGAUGGGAGAGAUCAUGAGCAUGAGCUUGUGCUUCUGGGCGGAGAAAGACAUCAGCGACGAGAAGCUCGCAGGUCCAGACAACCUCAAAGGCUACCUGUAUCGCAAGUAAUUAUCGAUGUUUGCUAUCAGGCUUUCAAGAUGAAUUUAGGAAUAUCAGCCCCCUAACCAAUUGGUUGAAAAAGAGCUCCGAUCACUUGGACCAGAAGUAUUGCAUGCUCAGGUACAAAUCUCUUUUUUUUUUCUCUGGAGCAAAAUGUUUUUGCAGUGGGACGAAAUUGUACGUCUUCGUUGAUUCGAGCUGCAAAGAAGGAGUCAUGAUUGUCGACUUAACGUAAUUAAACGAUCUCCCUAUCGUUAGAAGAAUGAUAUUUUUUGCAGUAACGGUGUCGAGCUGAUUGUCGAGGAGAAAAAACAUGACAACAUAUUUGUGAUCAAAACUCAAUCGACACUUUGGCAAUUCACGGCUCCAAGCCGCGAAGAACACGCUCGCUGGAUCGCUGGAAUCGCCAUGAUUGUCGAUGCAAAGGUUUUUUUUAAUAAUUAAUUUAAAAGAAAAAGAGUUUGCAUUUUUUAGGCUUCCUCUAGUGACAUGAUUCCGUCUCUGUUGGUGGUGACUGAAAACAAAGUCAUUGUGGCUCAAGAAGGCGAAAAAGUCUGGGCGGAUGGCUUCGUUCGCACUCUUGUGGUUAGCCAUCCAUGAAAGACAGUUUUUGAUUCAUAACUUCAGAGCAUUCCAAAGGAAGAGAUCGUGAGCGGCUGGGUUGUUUCCUCGACUAAUGAGCCUGAUAACCGACUGGCUCCGGGCAGCGAAGUCAUCGUUCUUGUCCAGAAUCCAGACCUCGCGCACAUGCUGUACUUCCGUACGGGUUCAGAAGUGAACAGACUUGCCAACUUCUUCCGAUCCGAGUGGGGCUACGACAUGGAACGCGCCACCGUCAUCAACGCUGAAGUUAGUUUAAUUUGUUGCCUUUUAGGUUCUUCUGGGGGAAAACAGACCAGCGCUACCAGAACAGAAAAUUGAUAGAAGGGAUGAGCUCAAAAAAUAGUUUAUUCUCCAAUAUGUGCCUAUUCUCCUAUCGUUGUAAGGAAUGUCUAAAAAAGCCAAGUUAUGAUUGGUUAAUAAAAAUAGAUAGAAGAAGGGGCUCUGACCAAUUCACCACAUUGAAAGAUUAGGAAUGUGUUCAUCAUACGGAAAAAAAAACUUAGGAGUUGAAAAAGUUCUAACGACCUCUUCAGACUCGCAUUGGCAAAGCUUUCGGCGCUUUGUUCCGCGCCACUGCCGACCCUUGGUAUCAAGUCAGAAACACGGUCUAG